AGCAAUGUGUCGGCGUUCCCUUUUUUGGUGGUCUUACUGUGUCAACUUGUAACGAGAGGGACCGGGCAAUACACCUUUUCCUCCCUAUUUUCCUUCGUUUCUUUGCUGCGGUAUUAGUUUUGAACUGCGUUUAUAUUCUAGAAGAGAGGACGARAUUGAAGUAGGCUCAAGAUGAACGGUAAUUACAUGAAUUUCCAACAAAACCUAUUUUUGUUAUGAUGUUCGCCAAGGCGGAAGUGCCUUGAAAGCGGCAUAACAACCGCCGAUAAAAAUGGACGUUGGAACUAUAGUUACAAACCCUUGUCACAAGAAUUUGUCUAUACAAUAUAUACAGUGCAUAGGGAAAGGCUCCUAUGGCGAGGUCUGGUCGGCCAGGUGGAAAGAUCGGCUUGUGGCGGCUAAGAAGCUUGAUGAGAAAUACUUCAAUCUCGACUACGAUGAAGAAAUCAAGGAACGCUACAAGGAAGAGCUCAAAAGGGAAUCUCAAGUGUUGUACACUUUGAUUCAUCCAAAUAUACUUAGAAUGUACACAAUAUUGUUCCCAGUGGAUCAAUCUCCAGUCAUAAUAACCGAAUUGCUACACUGUGAUUUAAGAAAGUUUAUUGAAACGUCCGAAACGGUUCCAAAAGUCGUUCCGAGURCAAUGAAGRUUAUCUCUCUAGGUGUAGCAGAAGGACUUGUCUAUUUGCAUGGUCUUCAACUCCCUGUUGUCCACAGGGAUAUAUCAACAAAGAAUAUUCUUCUAACCAAAGAUMAGCAGCCAAAGAUUGSCGACUUGGGUGUCGCUAAGGUGUUUAACACAUGUCGAGAUGAAUAUGCAACAGCUAACCCUGGUACACCUAUCUACUCCGCACCUGAGACAAUUGGMAAUGACUUUCAUGAAUUAAAAUACGGCGUCAAGGCAGAUAUCUUCUCAUUUGGGGUUGUUGUUAUGGCAAUGAUAAAUGGUCGUGAGCCUCUCGCKCCUAAUAAAACGAAAAAAGGAAGUAAGAUUCCAGAAAAGGAGAGAAGGAAGAAAGAUGUUGACUCAAUGGGAGACCAUCCUUUAAAGCCUCUUGUUCUUGAAUGUCUAAUUGACAAAGCCUCUAAGAGACCAACAGCCAAAGAAAUUAUCAAAAAACUUGAGAAAAUCCAUAAACAAAGUGAUAUAGAGUUGCGGGCAGAAAGUGAAACAAAGGCAAAUGACAUAGUAGGYCAUGAAGAAGCUGAAGUAAGCACAAGUGACACAUGUACAAGAAGCCAUUUUGAAAAAAUCUGCACACAACACMACUAUGACUACAGAUUUAAAAUUCUGCUUAUCGGAGAUAGCGGUGUUGGCAAAACAUGCUUGGUGCAUAAACUCAGAAACCCUGAGUAUGAAUACCUUUUAUGUCAAGCUACAAUAGGAAUUGAGCCUUAUAAACAAGCAUUCAGAUACAACUCCAAAACUGUUGAGCUACUGAUAACUGAUACAGCAGGCCAGGAGCAAUUUUUUUCAAUUCAGCCACAKUAUUUUCRURAUAUUCAGGGUAUGUUUCUGGUSUAUGACGUYUUGUCAGAGAAAACGUUCAAAGAUCUKSWUWAMUGG